GACUUUAGUGUUGCACUCUUAAGUGGCCUGCCAACUGCAGAGGGGGGCAGAGAGGCUUCCUUCUUCUCUGGAUUCACAUCCAUGCCAAGCCAGUGGGUCAACAUUGUCCUCUACGCUGCCUCCUAUGCCUCUUACACCUGCUGAGCCGGACCCGGAACCAAAGAUGAACUGGGCAUCAUUUUAUGCUGUCAUCAGCGGUGUGAACAGACACUCCACAGGCAUCGGUCGAAUCUGGCUCUCCGUCCUGUUCAUUUUCCGUAUCCUGGUUCUGGUGGUUGCAGCGGAGAGUGUGUGGGGCGACGAGAAAUCUGGCUUCACCUGCAACACCCAGCAGCCUGGCUGCAACAGUGUCUGCUACGACCACUUCUUCCCCAUCUCGCACAUCCGCCUCUGGGCACUCCAGCUCAUCCUGGUCUCCACUCCUGCCCUGCUGGUAGCCAUGCAUGUGGCCCACCGCCGCCACGUCGACAAGAGGCUCUACAAACUAUCAGGGCGGACCAACCCCAAAGACCUGGAGCAGAUAAAGACCCAGAAGAUGAAAAUCACAGGGGCUCUCUGGUGGACGUACGUCAUCAGCCUGUUGUUCCGUAUUGUCUUUGAAGUCACCUUUAUGUAUUUGUUUUAUAUGAUCUACCCUGGUUACAAGAUGAUCCGGCUGGUGAAGUGUGACUCGUACCCCUGUCCCAACACAGUGGACUGCUUCGUGUCAAGGCCCACAGAGAAGACUGUCUUCACUGUGUUCAUGCUGGCUGUGUCAGGGGUCUGUAUUCUGCUCAAUAUUGCAGAGGUGGUCUUCUUGGUGGGGAAGGCCUGCAGUAAGCAUUUGCACAAUGCUGGAGACUCGACUAUGGGGGCAUGGAUCCAACAAAAGCUCUGCUCGUACUAACAAAACACAUUUCAUACCUGCACAGACGGACCUGUUACCUGGAUAUAAAUGACCUUAGAUCCAGGUAACAGCCAUUAAUUUAACUUUGGAGUAAGGUGGAUAUGAUAUACUGUACAUCGCAGUUUGACAUGGUGAUAAUUUAUCCAGCGGUUUAUAAUCUCAGUGACAAAGCAUUCAGUGCCAAUGUGGGGAAAAUAGUAGUGUUCAGACAACAAGUUUUACACCAGUGUGCAAUACAUAUGUUCUCAGCAUGUUCUCACCAGACUUAAGGUAAUACUUCAAAGAAUUCCCACAGGAAGUACAGUCUACUGUAGCAAUAUUUUAUGCCAUGAACCAAAAGACUGUAUGCAGCAGCACUUUGUACUGACAUAAUAUAAUAGCUUGAUGUUAGGCCAAAUAAAGAUCCAUUAAGUACCUUUAUAAAGCAAUAUUCCCACUGACCAUGUUGCAGGCUUUCAUCAUCAUGGACUUCAGUCUUGAAAUUAAAAUAUUAAAUUAUGAAAUGCCACUUCUUGUCACAUGCUAUUUAAAAUCAUCAGAUUGUUUAAGAAAAGUGUGUCGGAAAUAUGAUGUAGUGAUAUUUUGGGCAUUUUAAGUUAUAAUAUUUUAUUAUUUACAUCAAAUGUGAUCACAAGCGUCAUGCUUUUGCCUAAAUCACCAUGGAUUGAAUCUAAUGGACUGGAGCUUUUCUUCAGCUGUUAUUAGCAAGUUGUUAUACUAAUACAUGGAAAACAUGUUACAUUUCAUAAAUGUUAAAUGAUACGGUGUUUGUUUAAUACUGAUUCUUUACUUUGGUGGUUGAAUGGAUCCUUCAGAUAUAAACAAAGCAAUAACUCACAACAACCAAAAAAAAAAACUUGAAUUCCAAACUUUAUUUCUGAAGUUUACUACUUGAUUGCUAAACAUGUUAUUUAAAUUCAUUCAUUUUGAAGCUGGAUGUUUAUAUAUUGUCCGUACACAGCAGAAUAAAAUCAACUAGUUUGUGUAA